GCUGGUGAUGGACUUCCUGGAGAAACCAUGCAAAUGUUUGUUUAAUAUAAAAAAUGUAAAUUGUUUUAAGAUAAUGUGUCAGCAUGACACAUGUAUAUAUUAUUCAAUUGAAUUGUCGCAUUAUUUUGAUAUUUUAUCAUUGGUGCAUGACGACUCAGCUUUUACCAUCUCUAAGUGGGCCAAAAAACAUUCCAAUUUCUCUGCUGCGAUUUCACUUUCACAAAACAAAUUACGGCUGCCCAAGCGGCCGCUACUCGAUGGACUUUAUCAAUUAUUAAAUCGAACCGCACGAUAAUGGCGCUGAUAAGCCAGCGACAUUGAGCCACAGAACGGCGACAAGCAGCUACUCCCAGCUGUUAAACAUACCAAGCAGCGCGAACAUAUUGCAAAAGCCGAAAAAGACAGCUGAGUGAGCAUGGAUCUAAUGCACCGCGCGCUGCUCACCGCCUUGGGUGCGCUGUCCGUGUUCUACGCCCUGGUCAAGAUCAGCCUGGGCUACUGGAAGCGGCGGGGGAUCCUGCACGAAAAGCCCAAGUUCCUGUGGGGCAACAUCAAGGGCGUGGUGAGCGGGAAGAGGCAUGCCCAGGACGCCUUGCUAGAUAUCUACACCGCAUACAAGGGCAGGGCGCCGUUUGUAGGAUUCUACGCCUGCCUGAAGCCGUUCAUCUUGGCGCUUGACCUGAAGCUAGUCCACCAAAUAAUAUUCACCGACGCGGGACACUUUACCUCCCGAGGCCUUUAUAGCAAUCCCAGUGGAGAACCGCUGUCGGAUAAUCUCCUUCAGCAGGACGGUCACAGAUGGCGGUCAAUGCACGCCAAGUCUGCAGAGGUUUUCACAGCGGCCAACAUGCAGAAGCUCCUGGUCCGACUGUCGCAAAUUUCCUCCAGAAUUCAAAGGGAUCUGGGCGAAAAAAACCUUCAAACUCUCAAUAUAAGCGAACUCGUCGGUGCCUACAAUACAGAAGUCAUGGCGUCCAUGGCCUUUGGACUAGUAGGCGAGGAUAACGUGGAAUUCGCCAAGUGGACACGCAACUACUGGGCGGACUUCAAGCUGUGGCGGGCUUACCUGGCGCUGGAGUUCCCGUUCAUCGCUCGGCUCCUACAGUACAAGAGCUACGCAGAACCUGCUACAGCUUACUUUCAAAAGGUGGCCCUGUCGCAGUUGCAGGAGCAUCGAAGGAGGGAUCGCCAGCCACUGCAGACUUUCCUCCAGCUAUAUUCCAACGCAGAAAAGCCGCUAGCCGACGUCGCGAUUGCCGCCCAGGCCUUUGGUUUCGUUCUGGCUGGUUUGAGUCCCCUGAAUGCCACCCUGGCAUUCUGCCUCUACGAGUUGGCCCGCCAACCCGAGCUGCAGGAUCGAACCCGGCUCGAGAUAAAUAAGACACUGGCGCAGCAUAGUGGUCAAGUGACACCGGAGUGCCUAAGGGAGCUCAGGCUUACGAAGCAAGUCCUGAAUGAAACGCUUCGCCUGCACACGCCACAUCCCUUCCUACUGCGCCGGGCUACCAAAGAAUUCGAAGUGCCCGGAUCGGUGUUUGUAAUUGCCAAGGGCAACAAUGUGCUGAUUCCCACGGCGGCUAUACACAGAGAUCCUGCAAUAUAUGAGAAUCCCGAGCAGUUCUGUCCGGAGCGGUUUGAAGAAGAGGCUAAGCGAUCGCGCCCGGCAACCGCGUUCCUGCCUUUCGGUGAUGGCUUGCGGGGAUGCAUUGCAGCUCGCUUCGCAGAACAGCAGCUACUGGUGGGUCUGGUGGCUCUGCUGAGGAUGCACAGAUAUGCUCCCACUGCGGAAACCACGAUUCCCGUGGAGUACGACAACCGACGACUGUUCUUGAUGCCCAAAUCGGACAUCAAACUUAGUGUGGAACGGGUGGAAUAGCUUUAGAGGAGGCUGCUGUUUGAGCAUCGCCUAUUUUGUAUUGUUUGCUUUACAAAGCGUUUUAGUUGUUUUUAUAUUUGUAUAUGCACCAAUUUCGUUGAUUUCCCUAAGCUGUGGACUUGUGUGAUAAUGCUGACGAUGACUUUUAUAAUCCUUUGCACCAAGCUCAACAACGUGAACAAAUAAAUACCCUAGAGAGACUAUUGUAAAAGGUUCCUUAAA